CGCACGCCGGCCCCUCAUUUGGGCGCCGGGUGUCGGCGGCGCGCGCGCGGGGGCAAAUGGAGUGGGUGCUCGCGGAAGCGUUGCUGUCGCAGAGCCGGGACCCCCGGGUCCUGCUCGGAGCGCUGUGCCGCGGGGAGGCGUCCGCGGAGCGCGUGGAGACGCUGUGCUUUCUGCUGCAGCGACUCGAAGACGAGGAGGCGCGCGGCGGCGGCAGGGGCGCGGGCGCGCUCCCGGAGGCGGCGCGCGAGGUCGCCGCGGGGUACCUGGUGCCGCUGCUGCGGGGCCUGCGCGGGCGCCCCGCGGGCGGCUCGGACCCCGGCCCGCCGGCCCGCCACCGCCGGCGCGUGCUGAGGGCGGCGGGCGCCGCCUUGCGUUCGUGCGCCCGCCUCGCCGGGGGCUCGCAGCUGGCGGCCGCCCUGGCCGAGGAGGCGCUGCGCGACCUGCUCGCCGGGGGGCCCGCGCCCGGCGCCGAGGCGGCCGUGGAGGUGCUGGCGGCCGUCGGGCCCUGCCUGCGGCCCCGCGAGGACGGGCCGCUGCUGGAGCGGGUGGCGCAGGCGGCCCUCGCCCUGGCGCUGGCCGCCGACGGGGACGGGGGCGAGGCCGGGCCCGCGGAGGACGCGGCGGCGCUGGCGGCCGGGCGGCUGCUGCCGGCGCUGGGCCAGUGCGGCGGGGCGGCGCUGCGGGCCGUGUGGGACGGGCUGGGCGCGGCCGGGGCGCCCCCGGGGCCGGGCCGCGUCGGGCCGCAGCUGCUGGUGCUGAGCGCCCUGGCCGAGAGGCUGCUGCCCGAGCCCGGCGCCGACCGCGACCCGCGCACGCGCGAGGAGGGCCCGGACGCGCGGCGCUGCUGGCGCUUCUGGAGGACGGUGCAGGCGGGGCUGGCCCAGGCCCAGGACGCCCUGACGCGCAAGCGAGCGCGCUACCUGCUGCAGAGGGCGGUGGAGGUGUCGGCGGAGCUGGGGGCCCGCUGCGCCUGCGGCCCCCAGGAAGGAAACGGCCCGAGUCUGUUUUGGUGGUCUGAGAAGAAAAAGGAUGAACUUCUCAAGUUUUGGGAAAACUAUAUUUUAAUUAUGGAAACUCUAGAAGGAAAUCAGAUCCAUGUUAUAAAGCCAGUUUUACCAAAGCUCAACAGUCUGUUUGAAUAUGCGGUGUCCGAGGAGAAUGGAAAUUGGCUCUUUCACCCAUCCUGGCAUAUGUGUAUUUAUAAAAGAAUGUUUGAAAGCGAAAAUAAAAUCCUGACCAAAGAAGGUGUUCUCCAUUUUUUGGAGCUAUAUGAGACAAAGGUUCUUCCGUUUUCGCCAGAAUUUUCUGAGUUUAUUAUUGGACCAUUAAUGGAUGCACUUUCAGAGAGCUCUCUAUAUAGCAGGUCCCCAGGCCAGCUGAUAGGAACUGGUUCUCCAUUGGGACUGAAAUUACAGAAGUUUUUAGUCACUUAUAUUUCUCUUCUUCCAGAAGAAAUAAAGAGCAGUUUCCUAUUAAAGUGUAUUCAGAAGAUGUCAAGUAGACAUUGGUGUGCCAUUCCCAUUUUGUUUCUGUCAAAGGCUUUGGCAAAUGUCCCACGAUGUAAGGCCCUGGGUAUCGAAGCUCUUCUUGCUCUCAGGGAUGUUCUUCAGUGUACUAUGAUCACCCAUCAGAUUCUAUUGAGAGGGGCGGCUCAGUGCUACCUUCUUCAGACAGCCAUGAAUUUGGUAGACGUGGAGAAGGUGUCGCUCUCUGAUAUUUCAACUUUUCUCAUGUGUCUGAGACAAGAGGAGUCCUUAGGACGAGGAACCUCAUUGUGGACAGAGCUGUGUGAUUGGUUGCGUGUUAAUGAAAACUGUUUUAGGAGAGCCUCAGAUUGUAGUUGCGUUGGACUUCCUGAGACGUCCUCUCUAAAUGCUUACGUGAAGAACCUAGUUCAAGAGUAUAUGAAGUCACCUGCUUUGGAAACAGGAGAAAACUGCUUUAUGCCUGACUGGUUUGAAGCCAAGCUUGUUGCAAUGAUGGUCUUGUUGGCUGUAGAUGUGGAAGGAAUGAAGUCUCAAUACAGUGAAAAGCGGAGAACACAGAAUGUAUUAAGGAUAUUCUUAGAUCCUCUUCUGGAAUCCCUUAUGAAGUUGGGCACAAAUGCCUACAUGCCCUUGCUGAAAACUGACAGAUGCCUGCAGUUGCUGGUGAAGUUAUUGCACACUUGCAUGUUGAAAGGUUCCAGUACCCAAGAUGAUGAGGUGUUUACUCUUCUUCAGAACUUUGUCAUGUCUACUGCAGAGAGCAUUUCUGAAUUUAUUCUCCGACGGCUUACCAUGAAUGAACUGAGCCGUAAUACUCACUUAAGUACAUUUGAAAGCCUUAUGAGCAAGUGUGAAAAUACAAAAAAGGUUUCCGAUCUGGAUCGUUGCCAUUUAUACCUGAUGGUAUUAACUGAGCUUAUAAACCUCCAUUUGAAGGUUGGGUGGAAACGAGGCAACCCCAUUUGGAGAGUUAUUUCUCCUUUGAAAAAUGCAUCCAUUCGGCAUCUUCAAGAGAUGGACCAUGGACAGGAGCCCACGCUGGGCACGCAGGUCCAGAGGGUCAUUAGCAUGGCUGCCUUGGCCACGGUGUGUGAGGCCACCGACCGGACGCCGGAACUGCAGCUCGGCUCUCUGGAGGCUGGGCCCACGGAGAGGUUCCUCUCCGCUCUCCCGCUCAAUCACACGCUGCAGAAGCCCCACGCAGAGGAGGAGAGCAGUCUUUGCGAAGAAUCCUCGUCUUCCCAAGGAUGGGGGAAAAUAGUUGCACAAUAUGUCCAUGAUCAGUGGGUCUGCCUCUCUUUCUUGCUGAAGAAAUAUCACACCCUGAUACCAACCUCAGAGGGUGAAAUUCUGGAACCCAUCCUACCUGCCGUCCAAAUGCCAGUAAGGACCCUGCAGGCCGCUCUCGAAGCCCUCACGGUCCUGCCUUCGGAUCAGGUCCUGCCUGUGUUCCACUGCAUGAAAAUUUUGGUUCCCAAGCUUUUGACCUCCUCUGAAUCACUCUGUGUGGAGUCCUUUGACAUGGCUUGGAAAAUUAUAUCUGCUUUAAGCAACACUCAGCUGAUAUUCUGGUCUAAUUUAAAAGCUUUCGUUCAAUUUGUUUUUGAUACCAAAGUUCUUACCACUGCUGCAAAAAUCAAGGGCCAGGCAUACUUCAAAAUAAAAGAGAUUAUGUACAAGAUAAUUGAAAUGUCUGCUAUAAAAACUGGAGUCUUCAAUACACUGAUAAGUUAUUGCUGCAAAUCUUGGAUAGUUUCUGCUUCAAAUGUGUCCCAAGUGUCUUUAUCAACUGCUAAAAAUUACAGCGAACUUGUCCUUGAGGCCUGUAUAUUUGGAACUGUGUUUAGGCGUGAUCAAAGACUUAUUCAGGAUGUGCAGACCUACAUAGAAAAUCUUGGCCAUGAUUGUGCAGCCAACACUGUUAUAGAAAAUACUAAAAGAGAAGACCAUUAUGUGAGAAUUUGUGCUGUCAAAUUCCUGUGUUUAUUAGAUGGCUCAAAUAUGUCUCAUAAGUUGUUUGUGGAAGAUCUUGCAAUCAAGCUAUUAGAUAAAGAUGAGUUGGUGUCCAAGUCCAGAACCCGAUACUAUGUGAAUUCUCAACAGCACAGAGUGAAGAACCGAAUAUGGCAGGCGCUACUGGUGAUUUUCCCCAGGUUUGAUCAGAAUUUCUUGAAUAGAAUUAUUGACAAGAUUUUCCGUGCUGGUUUCAUCAAUAAUCACGCAUCCAUAAAAUAUUUUAUAGAAUGGAUUAUUAUAUUGAUUCUUCAUAAAUUUCCUCAGUUUCUUCCGAAGUUCUGGGAUUGUUUUUCUUAUGGUGAAGAAAAUCUUAAAACAAGCAUUUGUACAUUUUUAUCAGUUUUGUCACAUUUGGACAUCAUUACGCAAAAUGUUCCAGAAAAGAAACCAAUUCUGAAGCAAGCGUUUAUCAUCGUCCUGCAGUGGUGCCUCAGUCACAAUUUUAGUAUCCGCCUGUACGCGUUAGUGGCCCUUAAGAAAAUCUGGAGCAUGUGUAAGACAUGGCACGUUGAAGAAUUUGACGCUUUGACUUCUGUUAUUGAGUCCAGUCUUAGUCAAGUGGAAAACAUGCCUGGAGCAGGGAACGCCAAGAAGAACUGGCAACGCAUCCAAGAGCAUUUCUUUUUUGAAACAUUUCACCCGCUUAAGGAUUAUUGUCUGGAGACCAUAUUUUACAUCCUUCCACGCCUCUCAGGCCUUGUUGAAGACGAAUGGAUCGCCAUUGGUAAAUUUACCAGAUUCAUGGACAUUCCUUUAGACUCAGGAUUUCAGUGGUAUCUUUCUCCAACUCAACUUUGUGAACGGAAACCAGGUGACUGGGCUCAGCAGGACAUAGGUUCUAACUCAGGUGAAGCAGAUGACCAGUCAGAGUGGACUGAUGUUCAGAAGAAGAUUAUCCCGUGGAAAAAUAACGUUCCAGAUUUAGAUCUGGAGCUCGUGUUUCAGGAUCGUGUUGCCAAACUUGGAAAGUCGAUUAGCAGACUGAUUGUAGUGGCCUCACUCAUCGAUAAGCCAACUAAUUUAGGAGGACUGUGCCGCACCUGCGAGGUGUUUGGGGCCUCGGCGCUCACAGUAGGCAGCCUGCAGUGCACCCGAGACAAGCAGUUUCAGUGCCUGAGUGUUUCGGCCGAGCAGUGGCUUCCUUUAGUGGAGGUAAGACCACCUCAGCUAAUCGAUUUUCUGCAACAGAAGAAAGCGGAAGGUUACACCGUCAUCGGUGUGGAACAAACCGCCAGAAGUGUAGACCUAACCCAGUACAGCUUUCCUGAGCGGUCUCUGCUCUUGUUGGGAAACGAGCGUGAAGGAAUUCCAGCAAACCUGAUCCAGCAGCUGGAUGUUUGCGUGGAAAUCCCUCAGCAGGGUAUUAUCCGCUCACUCAACGUCCACGUGAGUGGGGCGCUGCUGAUUUGGGAGUAUACCAGACAGCAGCUGCUCAAGCGUGGGGACACCGAGUCAUGAAGCUUGUGCCUUAUCGGGGAUGGAUUACUGGUGCUCUUGAAACGUUUUUGAAAAACUACGUGUGCUAAUGUAAUAGUCUGAAAUUUACUGAGAUAAUUUGUAUUCCUUUCCUUGCAACUUAAUGCCAAAACUUCUUCAUGUGCCUUAAAUACAUUACUAUAUAUCGUCCCCUUUAAUAAAUAUUUUUAGCUAAAUUGCAUUGUCUUUAAUAAAAUAUUUUAAGCAAUUGUGGAAAUAAAACAACGUGUCUUAAGAUUUCUUUCUUUCCUAGGGGCUAGCAUUGUCAGAAAUGUGGACAGUGAUGGGACUAAGGCAGAAUGACAGCGGCUCUUACCUGUGAAUACCACCCCCGAACGUCCUCGGGAAACACGGUGGGGUGGAGGCCAAGGUCCUGCACGGGAGAGGUCCUGUUUGCUGCUUUUUUGUCGCCUUAUUCCCAGGGAGGGAACCUGCUCGGCAGGAUGUUGAGCCAGCUCCCCUCCUGAAUGCGUAAUACUCAGAUAAUAGGCCAUUAUCAUUCAUAGGAAGUUCUGGGAAAUUUUUCAUAUACUACUUCUGGUCACAGAGUUCACAGAAACAGACUAUAUUCUGGGGCGCCUGGGUGGCUCAGUUGGUUAAGCAUGUGACUCUUGAUUUCAGCUCAGGUCAUGAUCUCACGGUUCUUGAGUUUGAGGCCCUGCAUUGGGCUCUGCACUGGCAGCACGGAGCCUGCUUAGGAUUCUCUUUCUCCGCCCCACCCUCCUUCCUCUCUCUCUGCCCCUCCCCACUCUCUCCAUCCAAAGACCGUGAAUUUUUCUUGCACAUCAUCACCAAGAGUGAGAAGGGAGCCCAAGAAGGCUCAUUUUCUCUCUCUCUUGUUCUGAGGGGGCUUUUGUUUGAUCCUGCAAUUACCUCAGUAUUUAAUGGUGACCACUUAUCACCAUCCAGCAAUGAACUUCAGUCAUGUCUGGGUCCUUUUUAAUAAUAGCUAAAUUUCAGAAUCUGUUACCAGUGUAUAUGUUUCCUUCUGUAGGUUUAUUAAAAUAAUUUUUGUUUUGCAGAAAAGUUGCAAAGAAAGUACACGGUUUCCGUAUGCCCUUCGCCCAGAUGCCUGUAGUAGAAUCUUCUCCAACUGUGGACAUUUAUCCAAACUAAGAAAUUAACUUUGGUAACGGUGCCGUUCCCUAACUGCAGACUACAAAUCUGACCUAUAUUCAGAUUUCUUAUUUGCCCACUGACAUCUCUUUUCUGUCCCAGGAGCCACUCCAGGACGCUACAUCACUUUAGGGUUUCAAGUCUCCUUAGUGCCUUGUGAUCUGUGACGGGUCUCCAUCUUUCCUUGUCUUUCCUGACCUUGACACUUUUGAGGAGUACUGGUCAGGUAUUUUGUAAAUGUCUCAUAAUUUGGGUUUGUCUAGCGUCUUCUCAUGGUCGGACUGAGGCGUCUGGGGUUUCAGGAAGGACACUGCAGGGAUGACGUGCCCUUGUCCUCACAUCGCAGCAUGACCGUCACCCUGGUCAUUUGUUGAAGGCAACGUUUGCCAUGUUCUGCUCAGUGAAGUUGCUGUUUUUUGCUUCCCGUGGUCUCUUUGUUAGAAGUGGGGUCACUAAGCCUAGCCUACGCUCAAGGGUAGAAGAUAAGCUUCAACCUCUGCUGGGGGCACCUAUUAAAACGACCAUGGUAAUCAAUACUGUGGGAGAGGUACUUGGGAGGCUAUGCUGAUAGGUGGCUCCUGAGUGUGUUGCCCACUCAUUUUAGUACUUGUCAGUGGGUACUGCCUGCCGUGUUCUCACGGUGAGAGUCCGUCUCCCUAAUUUCUUCUACAUCCAUGACCUGGGAUUCUGCUAGAAGGAAGACUAGUCCCUUCUUAUUCAGUCAUUUGUUUAGAUCAGUGUGGAUGGCUGGCUCCUGUCCUUUUGACCUGUUCCCAUUCUUCCAUUCUUUUUUCUUAAACCUUCCUUACUCUCUGGCAGUACACAGUGCUCCAGGCUCUUUUAUUUUCUCCACCCUGGUUCUAGAAUCAGACAUUUCUCCAAGGACCACUGGUUCCAGGUGUGCCCGUGGCUGCCCGAGUAUCCCUGCAGGCCCUGUUGGCGGCUGGAGCUAAGGAAUCUAGGCGUCUGCCACGCAUGUGCACAGAAAUACAACAUCUACGUCUGAAUGUAAGCAUGAAUUCUUAGAGCUCUCGGACACCAGUCCAGCUCUACAAGGUUAAUUCUGACACAGCUUAUUUUUAACUGCUUUUUCUGACUUGCACAUGCUUCUCAUUAUUGUACUUUGAGAGUCGCUAACCCGGAACCUGUGAAAUUUCACGAUUUCUCUAAGUUCUUUUUGUCUUGAGCCUUACAGGAUCCAGUCAGAUCACCAUUUUUCAAAGUCACAUGGGUCAGCUCCUCUCUUAGCCAUCCCUUCCAGUGAGUAUAUGGCAUAUGCUUCUAAUACGAGUAGACUCAUUUGUCAUUAUCUACCUUCCAAACCGGAAUCCCUCCAAAAUCCUGGCUGAUUUUAAUGUGCAUACAGAGUCACUUUUUAGCGUGCACAGUUCUUUGGGCUUUGACGAGUGCAUACUCACGAAUCCCCUACCACAGGGCCAGAGAAGACCCUUUUCCCCAUUCCCAACCACUCAUCUGUUUUCUGUGCUAAUUUUAACUUUUCCCAGAAUCCUGUAAAUGGAAGCAUAUAACACAUAGCCUUUGGGGUCUGGCUUUUUACCCAUAGAAAAAUGCAUGGAAGGUUCGUGCCUGUUGCUGUGAGAUUCAGAAGUUCAGUCCUUCUUAUGGCUGAGUGGUAUACCUGUUUUUCUGCUCCUCUGUUGUAGGAAUCUGGGUUGUUUCCAGUUUUGGGCAAUUAUAAGUGAAGCUGCUAUAAACAUAGGUUUUGUCUUCAGUUCAUUUGGUGAACUGCCUAGGAGUGUGAUUGGUGGCUCAUAAGGUAAGCAGAUGCUUAACUUUAUAAGAAAUUCCAAACUUUUCCAGAGGGGUUUUAUUGUUUUGCAUUCCCCUCAGCAGUGACUACGAGUUUCUGUUCGGUCGUGUCAUCUGCACUUGGUACCAUCAGCUUUUUAAUUUUAAGCCAUUCUAAUGGGUGUGAGAGAUCAUCCUCAUUGUAAUUUGCAUUACUCUACUAACAUGGAGCUUCUUUUCCUAAUGUUAUAUUCAACACUAUGAGUAGAUAUGCAACAAUAUUCACAUAAUCUGCCCAUUUUUUAAAGCUUGGGUGGGUGAUUUAUUUUUGUCAAGAGUUGGAAAACUUCUUUAUUCUGUGUACAAAUUUUUUGUGUGAUUUGUAGAUAUUUUUUUCCCCAGUCUGUAAUUUUAUCUUUUCGUUUUCUUAAUAGUAUCUUUCACACAGCAUUUUUAGUUUUCAUACAGUUUCAGCUUUUACAAAACUUUUGUCCUUUUCCAGAUUGUGCUUGUGAUGUCAUUACAUAAAAAUGAAAAUGCAGAAUUCCUCUGUAUUUUCUUCUAGGGAUUCUGUAGCUUUGUAUCUUACAUUUAGGUCUAUGAUCCAUUUUGAGUUUGUUUUUAGUAAGAUGUGUAGUGUCAAGGUUCGCUUUGUUGUGUGUGGGAGGACACUUUCUCCAGCACCACAUGUUGAAAUUCUUUCUCCACUGAACUGCCUUGCACCUUUGCUCAAAUUCAGUUCACUUUAUUUGUGUGGGUGUAUUUCUGGACUCUUCUGUUCCACUGAGCUCAGUGGGAGUCCUUUGCCAAUACCAGUUUUGAUAACCGUACCUUUAUAAUAAGCCUUGAAAUCACGUAACCUGAAUCAUCCAACUUUUUGUUCUUCUCAAAGUUACUUUGGCUAUCUUAGGUCCUUUGCCUUUCCAUGCGAAUUUUAGUAUCAGCUUUUGUCAAUAAUUACACAAAAAAGCUUGGGAUUUUGAUUAGGGUUGUGUUGAACAAAUUGGGAGGAUUUAAGAGUAUUGAGAAAAUUAAGACGAGUUUUCUAAAUCUUGACUACAGUAUAUCUAAUUAGAUCUUCUCUGACUUCAAAUAUUUUGGGCUUUGUAGUUCUCAGAUACAGUCCUAUACGCAGAUUUAUGUCAAGUAUUUUAAUUUUUUUAGUGCUACUAUAAAUGGUAUGUUUUUUAUUUUAACUUCCAAUUAUUCAUUGUUGGUCUACAGGAAUAGGAUUUUCUUGCGUAUACUGACCUUGUUUCUUGCCGUCUAAGAUUCGCUCGGUUCUAGGAGCUUUUUGGUCAGUGCUUUGAGACUUUCUACAGAGACACCAUCAUUGCCACAAACUGAAGUUUGCGUUCAGCAGGACUUUAGGCAUCGUAUUUCCAAUGCACUGGUUCACUUUGUGUCUGUCACAUUUUCGUAAUUCUUGUAAUAUUUCAGACUUUCUCAUUAUAAUAUUUAUUACGGUGAUCUGCACUCCGUGAUCUUCGACAUCACUAUUGAAAUUGUCUUGGGGAGCAGUUAAGCAUGCCCACGGAAGACGGUGAACUUCCACAUUUGUCAGUUGUGUCUUACGUUCGUAGAGCCGGUUUCAUUUCUUCCUUCCCAAUUUGUAUGCUCUCUCUUUUUUGUCUUUGAAGCAGCUAGGAAUCCAGCACAAUGUUGAACAGACAUGAGAAGGGACAUCCUUACCCUACGGCUGAUUUUAGGGAAGAAGCAUGUAUUAUCUUCCUACAUUAAGUAUGAUAUUAGCUGUAGGGGUUUUUUUAUAGAUGGUCUUUGUUAUUUUACCUCUAUGUUUUAAGUUCGACUUUUUUCUUCCAGUCUUCAUUUUUUUUGUGCCUAUAUUAAAAUGCUAAUUCCCAGGACACACACCAGCCGACUUUCUUCACUAUCUUAACUAUAGAGGUAUACUUCGUUCUAUUGCACUUUUCAGGUACUGCAUUUUUUUUAGACAUCGGAGGUUUAUGGCAACUUUGUUGAGCAAGUCUAUUGAUGUCAUGUUGCCAACACCAUUGAUUCCAUGUCUCUGUGUCACAUUUUAGUAAUUCUCAUAGUAUUUCAAACGUUUCCAUUAUUAUAUUUGUUACGGUGGUCCGUGAUCUUUGGCGUUACUAUUGUAAUUGUUCUGGGGCACCAUGAGGGUGUCCAUAGAAGGUGGCAAACUUAAAGCUGUGUGUGUUCUGACUGUUCCACUGACUGGCAAUUAAGAACGAAUGAACAACACUGAAAUUAGGCCAGUUAAUAACCCUACAGUGUCUCCCAGCGAAAGGAAGAAUCCUACAUCUCACCUUAAAUCAGAAAUGAUUGGGCCUGGUGAGGAAGACAUGUCCAAAGCCAAGACAGGCCAAAAGCUGGGUCUCUUUUGCCAAACAGCCAAGUUGUGAAUGCAAAGAGGAACCCUUGAAGGAAGUUAAAAAGUGCUGCUCCAGUGAACACAUGGAUAAUAAGAAAGCGAAACAGCCUUACCGCUGAUACGGAGGAAAUCUGAGCGGUGUGCAGGGAAUAUCAAACCAGCUACGACGUUCCCUAAAACUGAAGCCGAAUGCAGAACAAGGUCCUAAUUCUUCAGUAUUAUGAAGGCCAAGAGAGGUGAGGAAGCUGCAAAGGAAAAGUCUGAAGCGCACAGAGGCUGGUUCAUGCGGUUGAAGGAGAGAAGCCGUCUCUAUAACCUCAAAGUAUAAAGUGAGGUAGCAAGUUAUCCAGACCUACCAAGAUCAUCAGUGAAGGCGGCUACACUCAACGACAGAUUGUCAGUGUAGGCAGAACUGCCUAACUUCUAUUGGAAGAAGAGGCCAUCUACGAUUUCUCUAGCUAGGGAGCAGAAAUCAGUGCCUGGCUUCAAAGCACAGGCUGCUUGUCUUGUUAG